AUGGGGCGUACAUAUACAGUUAACAAUGAAAUGAAUUGUUAUGCACAAGGUAGCUCAGUGCAUAAAACCGAAAAUCCUGCAGUAUAUGACUAUGAAGCUGCUCAAGUAUUUAAAGAGCAGCCAGAGCAUAGUGAACUGAAUGAUGUCAGAGACAAAAAAUACAUAUCUGGUAUAAAUUUAUUUAUAACUGUGGUUAGCUCUAUGGUGGGGGCUGGGGUUAUCUUCUUGUACACUGCGUUUGCUAAUGGCGGGUUUCUUUCCUUUCUGUGUGCUACAAUUCUUUCUUCUGUGAGUAUACUGAGUGUUACUCAAUGUGUUUACCACAGAUACCAAUCCUGCAUUAGUGAUGAAAGAGAAAGAGGCAUUGUAUUCUCAAAGCAGGUCACGUUUAUCUGGAUGGUAAACCCAAGCUCUGAAGCCAUCAAGCAUAUAAUUACAUUUCUGUUAUUUUUAAAGACUACAGUGCCUUUAGUUGUGUACCAGUCUCUUAUUAUAAAAUGGCUGUACAGCAUAAUUGAAGUUGGCAUGCGACUGGCAGGUGGGUCAUCAGGGGCUGAAUUGAUGUGCAAGAUAGUCGUGUGUGGAGGGAUUUUCUUUAUGUUCUGGAAAUAUCUUGUGCAAAGAGCGCCUGGGGACAGCCGAGUCAUGCAAAGAAUAUCUGUGUGUGCUUGCUUUUCAUUGCUAAUUCUUCUAUCAAUAAUUGUGAUGUUGCGUAUAAUGGUAAUUUCUCCACCUAAAGACUUAGAGCCCAUUACACUACUCGCGUUCAUGGUGGGAAGGAAAUUCUCUUUGCAGGAAUUCAUUGGUUCUGUUUCAAUUGCUUCAUUCGGGUUCAAUCCGCAGCACAAUCUUCCUGUUUACUUAGUAAGAACCAAGCUAGACAGCAAAACAUCAAUGAACAUACCUAUUAUUAGAGGGAUAUUUUUGGUUUAUAUUGUAACAGGCCUUAUUGGAAUUUUAGGAUGUUUUUUGGCAUACACAAACCGGUUCAAUCAAGUAGGAAAGAAUAUCUUCUUCAUAAUGGAGGACAUCAUGAACUACACAGAUCCAGAAGCAAACACAAAUAUUGGCAUUUACAUUGAGCUGAUUCUUGUGGUGUUUAAGCUAGCAAUUAGUCUGAUCCUUCUAUGCGCAUUUAUAUGGCAGUCAUAUUCCUCUAGGAAGCUGGUUGUUGAUACGUAUUUGCGGCUGGCAUACACUCCAGAGGGAGAAAGCAAGUUUGAUCCAUUCUUCUACAUCCGCAAGAUAGGACAGAAUAGGAUUAUUGCAAAAUGCGCUUCUUCAUUCGCAAAUGCAUGCAGGUGGAUUAGCUCAAAAAUACCACUGCGUGUAAAAAAAGGUCUAUCCACUCUAAUAGGUCUAAACACAGAAAAAAGUAGUGAUUUACCAGAGCUUACACGAGAGAUAUAUCUACGGUAUAUCAUUGGGUCAGCUAUAUUUGCAGGCACUGCAGCUAUUGUCCUGUUGGAUGCUCAGCUGACAUACAUUAUUCAGCUGUUUACAUCAUUAGUUACUUCAUGCAUUUCCUUUCUCAUUCCCACUAUUCUUGUGAUAGCCAACAAGCACAUCACUAAUAAACACGGAAAGUCUUGGUAUGACUAUGCUUCAAUUAUCAUCAUGGGUUUGGGUUUUACACUUCUAACUGGAAGCGGAUUUGCUCAACUAUACUAUACAUUAGUUCCAAGCACACAAGACCUGCCCAUUCCACCACAAAAUGUAACAGGCUCAGUGUAA